AUGUUCAACAACAACAGCAUAUCAAUCUCAGUCUCCGAUGACGAACCGGACGAACUCGGCAGGAUGCGAGUCCGAGUUCGAAGGAAGCGCAAGAAAACCGGCCACCGACUCAAGAACGAGUUCUUGCACCGAGUCGUUCGGAAGCUCGUCAGAUACUGGGCUCUUCUAAUCUUUCUCCCAGCCCUUGGGUUGCUCCUCUACGAGGCAUCGAGGAUCGGGAGGAAGCCGAGUUCGGUGGCCAACACAGAACUCGGUGCGUCAGAAAAGUCGGCCUUGGUGGACUCGGAACUCAGUAACGUCACGAACCCGAGUUUGGAGAAGAAAUCGGACGGGAAUUUGAAUCGGCUUGAUGCCACGACUCGGGUUGUCGGAGGCGUUAGGCAACGUUGCUUGAAGAUCCUAUCUCCUGAAGAACUUGAGCAUCUGGAAAUUCCUGUGCGUGAAGAGGCCAAUAGUCCUGUUAGUAAAGUGUUAUACAUAUCAGAGAACGAUACUCCAUUCUUAGGAGGGAACAGCACUCUGUCUCAAGAGCACACAGAUGCCACAAGAUUUAAUUUAUUUACUGGAAGUCAAACUCUAGAUCAAAGAUCGAAAACGUUUAAGGUAAAUGAAACUGUUAGUAUGAACUGUGGUUUCUACAGUGAAAAUGGAGGGUUUAAGAUCUCAAAUGAAGAUAAAGACUACAUGCAAAGUUGCAAGGUUGUAGUGUCCACAUGUGCAUUUGGUGGUGGAGAUGAUCUUUAUCAGCCUAUUGGAAUGUCAGAAGCAUCACUUCGAAAGGUUUGCUAUGUCGCAUUUUGGGAUGAAGUUACUCUAAGUUCACAGGAAUCAGCUGAACAUAGAAUUGAUGGCUAUGGAUUUAUUGGAAAAUGGCGCAUUGUGGUCGUUAGGGAUCUUCCCUUUGCGGACCAAAGGUUAAAUGGAAAAAUCCCAAAGAUGUUGGCCCAUCGUCUUUUUCCUCAUGCAAAGUAUUCCAUUUGGGUAGAUUCAAAAUCCCAAUUUAGGAGGGACCCCUUAGGUGUGCUCGAAGCCCUUCUUUGGCAUUCAAAUUCUGUACUCGCAAUCUCAGAACAUGGAGCUCGCAGUAGUGUUUAUGAUGAGGCGAAGGCUGUUGUCAAGAAAAACAAGGCCAAACCAGAAGAAGUUGAGGUGCAGUUGAGUCAGUACCGCCAUGAUGGCUUACCAGAAGACAAGAGGUUCAACGGAAAGAAGGCUUUAGCCGAAGCAUCUGUUAUUGUGAGGGAGCAUACACCAUUGACUAAUAUGUUCAUGUGCCUCUGGUUCAAUGAGGUGGUUCGUUUCACUUCUCGUGAUCAGCUGAGUUUCCCAUAUGUAUUAUGGCGGUUGAAAGUGCUCAAGAACAUCAACAUGUUCCCUGUGUGCACCCGGAAAGAUCUUGUUAAUAGUAUGGGCCACAUACGAAAGGCAAAGCCACUAAGAAGGGUGCGCUGGGGCGGUCAGGCACUAGACUUGCAUGGACUUGAAUGCCUGCGCUGUGCUUUAUGGGUCUUAAGGUGUAAAGGGUACAGAACCUACCCCAACAAUCCAAAGUAG